CACAUGUCACCAAUACCCUAUGUACACGAGUUCAACGUCCUUGGUAGGCGCGCUUGAGGCCAAUUGUCACUAUCAUUUAAAUCGUAGGGCGGUAAUCGCCUGAAAACUCAACCUGAGGUAGGAUGGUGACCUCGAAGCUUCGACUGUUGGAUCAGCGAGCGAAGCAACUCGCGCAGGUGUAUGCCGCACACCGGCCUCUGGUACAACGAGGACUCACAGUCGGCUUCGUCCUGUACGUGCUAACGGCCGCAUAUCGUGGUCUUGCCGCCCGCCCAACCACAAGGAGGGACAAGGAGAAGGAUUCGGCAGAUCGAAAGGACGGAAAGCCCGCCCGUGUCGCUGUUGAUGCCAUAUUUUAUCAAAGGCUGGGUAUCAUCUUGCGUAUUGUCAUACCAAACAUACACUCUAAGGAGGCCCUGUUGCUUUUCAUGCAUUCAAGUCUCCUCAUUUUCCGCACUGCCAUCUCGUUGUAUGUUGCCACUUUAGACGGAAAAAUUGUUGCAUCUCUCGUGCGCGGACAGUCUCUCCAAUUUCUCCUUAACAUAAUACGAUGGUUGCUGGUCGCAAUUCCGGCUACUUGGACGAAUAGCUGGCUUAGCUACAUCCAGAAUAAGCUCGCUCUCGCAUAUCGUACUCGACUGACCAAAGAAGUGCUCAAGAUGUACCUUGGCGAUCAGGCAGAUGGCCCAGAGGGCAAAGUUUAUUAUAAACUUUCUAAUCUUGACGACAGGAUAAAGAAUGCUGACCAGAUGAUAACUCACGAUAUACAACGGUUCUCCACGCAUCUGGCCGUAAUUUACGCGAACCUCGCAAAGCCAAUCCUUGACGUGAUACUUUACAACUACCAAUUGUCACGGAAUGUAGGGGCAGAGGGUCUUGUCCUUCUCACUGUUUUAGUUCAGACAUCUGCUGCGCUACUACGUGCUCUAACUCCUUCCUUUGGGACAUACACAGCUCAAUCAGCUGCGUUGGCCGGCUCACUUCGACAUACACAUUCUCGCCUCUCCGAAAAGCGGUUAAUCGAACGCGAAUAUGCUGCACUCGUUCAACACGAACAAGGAGUAAUGAAUAAGAGAUGGUGGUACGGGUGCGCGGAAGAAGGUAUUGUCAAGUGGCUGUGGGGCAGCUUUGGGCUUGUCGUCUGCGCAAUUCCUGUUUUCUUCAAGUUGCCUGGAAUAUCAAAUUUUGACCUAGGCAGCCGCACAGAAGGGUUCGUGACAAACCGAAGACUACUUCUUUCUUCAUCAGAUGCCAUAGGUCGCGUGAUGUACUCGUAUAAAGACCUAGCGGAACUCGCGGGCUACACCUCACGAGUAUCCCUUUUGCUUGACACUAUGUCAGACAUGCGAAAGGGCAAGUUUGAGAAGAGUCUUGUGAGUGGUGCGACUGAAGGAGAGAAUGGAGAGAUUUUGCGGAGCCGCGGACAAGUUCUCCUCUCGGACGAUAUUCGAUUUGAGAACGUCCCAGUCGUUACGCCAAAUGGUGACAUUCUCUUGAGAAGUUUAACCUUUCAUGUCAAACCUGGGGAACACCUGUUGAUUGUUGGUCCAAAUGGUUCCGGGAAGUCUUCGCUGUUCCGCAUUUUAGGCGGCCUUUGGCCUGUUUAUGGCGGCAUUGUUCGGAAGCCCCCCGCGUCAGAUUUCAUGCUCAUACCCCAACGACCCUAUCUUUCACUCGGAACUCUCCGUGACCAAGUUAUUUAUCCGCACUCGCAACAAGAUAUGGAGGCCCGUGGAGUGACAGACGCGGACCUCCUCGCGGUACUUGAAAGGGUCCAGAUGGGAAGCAUUGUUGAGCGAGAAGGGGGUUGGGAUGUUGCGCACGAGUGGAGAGACACGCUAAGCGGCGGCGACAAGCAGAAGAUCGCUUGGGCACGACUCUUCUAUCACAGACCCAAGUAUGCCAUUCUUGACGAGGCAACCUCACUCGUCCCUCCUGACAUGGAGGGUACGAUGAUGGAACAGGCAACUGCCCUCGGAAUUACGCUACUCACUGUAUCUCAUCGUCCAUCAUUGUGGAAAUAUCACUCGACGAUAUUGCAACUGGAUGGUCAAGGCGGAUAUAUCUUCACGCAACUGGAUGCAGAGAAACGUUUGGCCAUUCAAGAAGAGAAGCAGGAUCUGGAGGCGAAACUGCUUGAAAUACCGAAGAUGAAGUCACGUCUCGCGGAACUGCGGCUUAUCGCGGAUGCAAAUAGAAGUAUAUAGUAAUUUUGACUGUAGAUUUGCUGUAGAUACAUAUCAUUAUCAUAGACCAUCGAUCGAUAAGUCAGGGUAGAUG